AUGAUCUACCAGCACAAUUGGCAGAAAGCUGCUGACCUCCAGCACGAGGAUUUCGCAUCCGACAGGAAACAAGUACGCAAGAACUCGUACAACAGCGACGCUUCCGACGAUAAGCAGAGUCUGCUCCCCUUUUCUAGCUGCCAUAGCACUGCGGGGAUGCAGGUUGCCUCCGACGAGGACUCCAUCGCCAGCUUCGGCGCUGGCCAAAUGGGCCAUGUUGCUCCCACUGACCAUGCAAUGUUCAACAAGUACUCGCUACACAAGUCUCAGUCACUCCUUUGGGUCCUGGAAUUUCAGGCCGCACUACGUAUUCAGGGCUUCUUCCGCCGCGCUGCGGCUUGGUACAAACUAGAAACAUCCCGGCUGCAAGUGGAGAAGAUGGACGUUUUGAGGCGCCAAAAAGAAGAACUGGAGACAAUCCAGCUCCUUUUAGAUAUGGAGAAGCAGAAGGCUCGAAUGGAGCUGCGAGAGGACGAGGAGGGCAAGAGUGUUUCUACGCCUGACGACUCAUCCAAAACGUUCGCGUGGAGUUACUUUGCUUCCCUCAAAAACCAUCGAAACGAACUAAGGCUAGGAACAAAAGGAUAUCUGGAGUUGAAACGACAAAUCGACAGCCUGACACUUCAGAACAAACAAUUCGAGGGCUUGGUGGAGCUUGGUAAGCGAGCAAUGGUGAAGGCAAAGACGGAAGUUGCAAAGGCCGGGGCUCAGCUCCAGAAAGAAACAGCAAAGAAAGAAAAGGUGCAGGAUUGCAUUGUCAAAGUCGUGAACCUGCUGAGGGCCAGCAACGACGAUAGGCUUGCGAAAAAGGUCCUCGGAUCGGCCAGAGAAGUACUACCCAACAAGUUGGAGGAAGCGCUCCAGAGCAUCGACGAGACGAGACCCGUUAAAAACGGAAAGCCCAGGAGUGCAACGCUGCUGGGGAAGGCGGCAAAUGAUGCUGCAAAGGAAGCACACAGUUCGGUGCGAAAGAGCACAAGGAGCAGGAGGAGCUCCGACACGACACUGGUCACAACGGCCAAAGCAAAGGAAUUGAAAUGCGAGAUGGAUUGGGAAAAACGCAGGCGAGUUUCGAUGAACAAGAAACCAAUGAGGAGGCAAAGAAGCAAGUCGUGCUCUUCAAUGCCGAAGCUGCACCGAAGCAAAACAGCAGAAAGUCAAUCAAAGAGGAACAUCCUGAGGCGACAAAACAGCAGAUCCUGUUCCAACGUGAAUGGAGAUGCCAAUGAAGAUCCAGCCCCCCUUCUCAGCCUUAUCGAGUCAGCAUACUCUGGUGCUACCACGAAAGAAAGCCAACCAAGGAGGAAGAGCCUAAGACGACAAAGAAGGCAAGCGAAAGCCAAACAAGGAGGAAGAGCUUUAGGCGGCAAAGAAGCAAAUCGUAUUCUGAUGUCAAUGAGACUGCUAAAGAUGAUCCAGCCCCGCUUCUAA